AUGAGUGAAACUACCGGUGCCAACAUUAACCUCAACUGCCUCUUUAUGCCUAUUAAUGCAUUCCAUGGUUUACCUUACCGAAUUCACAUAAUUCCUAUUUCUAAUGCAUCAACAGUCAACGCGCUUAUGAGUCUAAUUCAAUCUCUUAUGCCAGGUGGAUUAACUCAUGUUAACUACCAGCUUCGUGCAUUUCGUCCGGGACCUGUGGUAUAUGUAAAUAUGGCAUCAGGAGGUAGAAUCGGUGAUUAUUUCGGUGAGAAUCUCGAUCGUAAUAUUAUUCAUAUUCUCGUAGAACCUGUACCAGGAGAGAAUUAG